UUACAAGCUGAAAAUUGUUUCUAGAAUUUGAAUUUGUGAAUGGAGGAGAUGCAAUGUUAUGCAGUGACUAAGCAUUAAAAGAAAGAUUUUGCUCCAAAAGAAUAUGAGUCCGAGUCUGCCGCCUACUCCUUCCUCUGUGGUUUUCUUGGAUUGGUGGAAAAAGAUGGAAAAGUAACACUGAAGUGGUGAAGUGAGAAGAUGAAAUUAUAGGAUCUUGUCUUUUUGACAAAUAAACUAAGUGAAGAUUUCCAAGUUAACCAAUUUGUGAAUGUUUUCCUAGAAUUACUGUCGAAACUGGCUGGCUAAGGAAUUUGUGCUUAGUUAUUAUGUCUUUGGCAGUAAAAGUAAGAGAGGGUAGAAAUAAGCUUGAGUUGGACUGAACGAAAACAACAUAGGAGAGACAUUAAGUGGGAGGUGCACAUCAUAGGGCAAUUCCUUGUCGGUUUAACACAACAGAAGAACAAUGCACUUUGAAUAAAAACUAUCUUCUCAAUUUUUCGAGUUGAGGGUAUCUAAUAUGUUUGUGUAUAUAUCUCCUUCACAAACCACACAGUAAAAAAGCUGGAAUCAAACUGGUUUCAUAGAAGGUGCAAUACAAGGUGAGCAAACACAUUUGGCUUUUUGUCAAACAGCCUUGAAAAUGAGCUAUGGAAGCAGAGGGAAGCUGAAAGAUACAAGCUUGAGCACAUCAGCUGAAAGCAACAUGAACAGCAGGAGGGACAAGAUACUGGCUCAGUACAGUGCAGAUGCUGAGAUUCUGGCUGAGUUUGAGCAGUCUGGUGUGUCUGGAAAAUCAUUUGACUACUCCAGGAUGGUCCUUGAUCCUCCCAGGUUAGUGUCUGGAGAAAAAAUGACUGCAUAUCUGUCCAAAAUCCAAAGGGGUGGCCUUAUCCAACCCUUUGGUUGUAUGCUUGCAAUUGAGGAACCCACUUUUAGGAUCAUUGGGUACAGUGAGAAUUGCUUUCAGUUGUUGGGUUUGGAGCGGCAAAUUGACUCUAACAUGUUAAUAAAUUUGAUUGGGGUUGAUGCAACGACCCUUUUCACUCCACCUUCUGGGGCUUCCCUAGCUAAAGCUGUGGCUUCCAGGGAAAUUUCUCUUCUGAACCCGAUUUGGGUCUAUGCAAGGACAACCCAGAAGCCAUUUUAUGCCAUACUACAUAGGAUCGAUGUUGGGGUUGUGAUUGAUUUGGAGCCAGCGCGGAUGAGUGAUCCGGCAUUGUCACUUGCCGGGGCAGUUCAAUCCCAGAAGCUGGCUGUGAGGGCUAUUUCAAGGCUGCAAUCUCUUCCUGGGGAAGAUAUUGGCUUGCUGUGUGACACAGUUGUUGAGGAAGUGCAGAAGCUUACCGGAUAUGACAGGGUAAUGGUUUAUAAGUUUCAUGAGGAUGAUCAUGGUGAGGUUGUAGCUGAGAUUAGGAGGUCAGAUUUGGAGCCUUACCUGGGUUUACAUUAUCCUGCAACAGAUAUCCCUCAAGCUUCUCGCUUCUUGUUCAAGCAAAACCGGGUUAGGAUUAUUUGUGAUUGCCAUGCAAAGCCAGUUAAGGUCAUUCAGAGUGAAGAAUUAAGGCAACCUCUUUGCUUGGUGAAUUCAACACUUAGGUUACCACAUGGUUGUCACACACAGUACAUGGCCAACAUGGGAUCAAUUGCCUCUCUGGUGAUGGCAAUUAUAGUCAAUGGAAAGAAUGAAACAAGGCUUUGGGGUUUGCUAGUUUGUCAUCACACUUCACCACGAUUUGUUUCUUUCCCGGUUCGCUAUGCUUGUGAGUUCCUAAUGCAGGCUUUUGGACUGCAACUUUAUAUGGAGAUUCAAUUGGCAUCACAAAUGGCAGAAAAGAGAAUGCUUAAAACUCAAACCUUACUGUGUGACAUGCUCCUUCGUGAUGCACCAUUCGGCAUUGUGACUCAGUCUCCAAGUAUCAUGGAUCUUGUGAAGUGUGAUGGAGCUGCCUUAUUUUAUGAUGGAAAUUGCUGGUUGUUAGGUACAUCCCCAACUGAAGCACAGGUAAAAGACAUUGCAGAAUGGCUACUUAGUAAUCAUGGGGAUUCAACAGGUUUGACAACAGAUAGUUUAGCUGAUGCUGGUUAUCCAGGUGCUGCUUCACUGGGUGAUGCGGUUUGUGGCAUGGCCACGGCAAGAAUCAAUUCAAAACAUUUCUUGUUCUGGUUCAGGUCUCACACUGCUAAGGAAGUCAGAUGGGGAGGAGCGAAGCACCAUCCAGAGGAUAGGGAUGAUGGAGGAAAAAUGAACCCAAGAUCAUCAUUCAAAGCUUUUCUUGAAGUAGUCAAAAGCAAAAGUUUGCCUUGGGAAGUGUCAGAAAUCAAUGCUAUUCACUCAUUACAACUAAUGAUAAGAGAUUCUUUCCAGGACACUGAGAUAACCGGUCCAAAGACUUCAAACUAUGUGCAGAAAACUGACACUUCAACUGGAGCGAUGGAUGAACUCAGUUCAGUAGCACUUGAAAUGGUGAGAUUAAUCGAGACUGCAACAGUUCCGAUUUUCGGGGUUGAUUCAGAUGGGGUAAUCAAUGGAUGGAAUUCAAAGAUUGCUGAACUGACAGGUCUACAAGGCAGUGAAGCUAUGGGGAAAUCCAUGGUAAAUGAAAUUAUACAUGCGGACUCAUGUGACACUUUUAAAAAUACUCUAAGCAGAGCCUUGCAAGUUUUUGCAGGAGAGGAGGACAAAAGUGUUGAGUUGAAAAUAAAGCACUUUGGGAUUCAACAGCAACAGAAAGUUGUAUAUCUCAUGGUCAAUGCUUGCACUAGUAGGGACUACACAGAUUCUGUUGUUGGGGUAUGCUUUGUAGGUAAAGACAUCACUUAUGAGAAAAUGGUUCAAGAUAAAUUCAUCAAGUUGGAAGGUGAUUACAAAACAAUCGUGCAAAGUCUCAGUCCACUUAUUCCACCCAUAUUUUCUUCUGACGAGAGUGCAUGCUGUUCUGAAUGGAAUGCAGCCAUGGAAAGACUAACAGGUUGGAAAAGAGAUGAAGUCAUAGGAAAAUUGCUUCCUGGUGAAAUAUUUGGAAGUUUUUGUCGACUAAAAGGUCAAGAUACCCUGACUAAUUUUAUGAUUUUAAUAUACCGUGGAAUAAGUGGUCAAGAUUCUGAGAAGUUACCAUUUGGAUUUUUUGAUAGAAAUGGAGAAUUUGUUGAGAGUUAUAUAACAGCAAACAAGAGAAUUGAUGCUGGUGGGAAUAUACUUGGCUGUUUUUGCUUCAUGCAGGUUGUAACACCAGACCUGAAUCACUCCUCUGAAGAACACAAGCCAAGAGGCAGAGAAAACAUUUCUGAAUCCGAAGAGUUGGCUUAUAUACUACAAGAGAUGAAGAAACCUUUAAAUGGCAUACGAUUCACGCACAAACUUUUGGAAAGUACAACUGUUUCAGAAAACCAAAAACAAUUUCUUGACACCAGUGAUGCAUGUGAAAGACAAAUCAUGGCAAUUAUUGAGGAUACAAAUUUAGGAAGUAUUAAUGAAGGCAGCACUUUGCAGCUAAACAUGGAAGAAUUUGUUCUGGGAAAUAUUUUAGAUGCCAUUGUCAGUCAAGUCAUGAUAUUGAUAAGAGAAAAGAACUUGCAACUGUUUCAUGAAAUUCCUGAUGAAAUAAAAGUGCUUUCUUUAUAUGGUGACCAAAUUAGGCUUCAGGUGGUCUUGUCUGACUUUUUGCUUAAUGUAGUCAGACAUACACCAUCUCCAAAUGGCUGGGUAGAAAUCAAGAUUUCACCUGGUUUAAAGAUAAUACAGGAUGGCAAUGAGUUUAUCCAUCUGAAGUUCAGAAUGACCCAUUCUGGUCAAGGUCUUCCUUCAGAUGUUCUUCAUGAUAUGUUUGAAGGAGGGAAUCAAUGGAAUACGCAGGAAGGUCUAGGACUAUACAUGUCCAAAAAAAUCCUCAGUAGGAUGAGUGGUCAUGUCCACUACGUAAGAGAACAAAAUAAGUGUUAUUUUCUCAUUGAUCUUGACAUUAGAACAAGAAAAGAAAGGCAAAAGAGUUUGCAUGCAGAGACAAGCAUGUUAAGCUAGUUUUUUUCUCUUGAUGCUCUUACUAGUGAAAGGGGUGUGAAGGGUGGUUUGCAAAGAGAGGUCUCUAAUCUUGCUUUGAAGCUUGGCAGAUAUAUGGCAACUGCUCAUGUCAACACUGGUAUAUCAUCCUAUUACACUACAAGGAAGUUUAUGCUUAUAUAUAUAUAUUAGAUACAUACACACCCCUUUUUUAGUUUGGCUUAAAAAUAUUACAGUAACACAGUAGAAUGCUGAGAGGAAUUUUGAACAUUGUAUGACCCUUCCUCCAGGGAUAAGUAUGGCUAAUGAUUGCUUGUAAUAGUAAUAUUUUAUGUAUAAAUAAGAAGCAAUCAUGCAGUAUUGCCCUGCAGAUUUGGUUACUGCAUGCAGAUGCACUUUACUUUGUUUUCC